AUGGCUCCUAAGAAAGGUUCUGCGUCAGCAAAGGGUAAUGCCUCAAAAAAGUCAUCUGCCCCGCCAGUACCAGACAGUGAACACAUUGUCUUCACAAAUUCGCAACAGGAUAAGAAGAAAAAAGAUGCAAAUCAGCCCGAGGGCCCGCCACGCCCAGACGCUCGCAAGGUGAUCGGAGGUCAGUCAUGGACAGGCAAGCUACCUGUCAACCUUCUCUCCGAACAUUGUCAAAGGCAAAAAUGGAAUAAGCCCGAUUACCAGGGUCGACAGGUCUCCGGAAGUAAUGGAGAAAAGAUGCAUCGAUCUUGGGUCGUUCUAUCGAAGACAGAUCCGAAAACUGGCGAUGUCACGAGAUUGCCUUCCUUUCAGCUUCCUACCUCCUCAGCACAUCUAGCAGAUCAACCCACAGCUCUCGAGGCUCGACAUUUUGCUGCGGCCUAUGCUCUUUUCCGUAUAUCGAGCAUGAAAAAUCUCUCCAUGGCCUUACCUCCGUUUUAUCGGGAUCUUUGGAAGGGCGAUUUUCAACGUCUGAAGGAGGAAGAUGUGAAAGAAGAUAGGGCCUGGAAGUAUGAUGCCGAUCCUUUUGCAGCGGAGGUAAAACGACAGGAGAUCAAAGCCAAAGUCGAGAAGAGGAAGCAAGAACAAUUAGCGGCACCGCCCAAAAUUGAGCCUCUGAGUUUGGUCAACUCAAGUGCUAGCGGAAUCACUCUGAAAGGAUGGGAUCGUGCGCCCCGAAUUGAAUUAGGGCAGAGCUCCCGUAUGCGCUUAGAAUCCAUCAUUCGGACCAAAAGUACCUGGAACACCGCUGGCACCAAGAUGACGAAAGCGGAACGGGUAUCGAUCGUCUCAGACCUAGCAAAAUCCGGAUUUCUUCCGAGUCACAUUCAAGAAGCCUUGGACUAUUGUGGUAGCCGAGAAGAAGUUCUAGAAUGGCUGCUUAUAUAUCUACCCGAAGAUUCACUACCGAGUUGGAGCUUUCCUCCUGGUUACCAUGCUGGUGUAUCUCUUGUCACCAGUGACCUUUCCACUGAUGCUAAGGUCAAGAGACUAAGUGAGGGUGGCUAUUCCAGCCAGUUGUGUCUUCAGGCACUCCGAGACAAUGAUGGGAGCGAGGCUUUGGCUAUGGAAGCGCUCCAGUUCAGCCUUGCGCCUCCAAAGUCGGAUAUACGCACUGAUCUCCCAUCAGAUGCCGAUCUGUGGGCGGAAGAGAUGACAGCACUGGAAGCUAUUUUCGCUGAGAGAGUCACAGUUGCUGACAAGAGUCAGUUUUCAAUCAAAGUAACACCAUCUAGCUCGCUUCAGUCUACACUCAUGUUCCGCCUUCCAAAACAUGGAUAUCCGAUAUGCACCCCACCCAUUCUUGUGAUUCACGAUACAAAGAUGCCAAGCUAUGUUCGCUUGAGCAUCAUCAAACGGGCAGUGGAGUUCGCACAAGAAAAUUUACUUGGGGAUCAAAUGGUAUUCAGCCUGAUCGAAUGGCUAGAAGAGUCGAUUCCCAAGAUUGUUGAGCAGCCGGGGAAGCUCGUUGAUCUGGAGAUUUCUAGAACCUCGUUCACAGUACAACGACUCUCUGACGGCCAUCUAGACGCCACCUACAAACGCAAGAAGAGACUCGAUAGAACGCAUCAACGGGAUAUGCGAUCUAAUAGCUUGAUCUAUGAGGCGUGGAAGGUCAGACAGGACUCGGAGGCCCAGAAGAAGAUGUUGGCUUCAAGAGAAAAACUGCCUGCGUGGGCGAAAAGACAUACGAUCAUUGAGGAGAUUGACCGUCACCAAGUCACAUUAAUCACUGGUGAGACAGGUUCCGGCAAGUCUACGCAAGCUAUUCAAUUUGUCCUUGACGAUGCUAUACAGAAAAUGAAGGGCUCAUCAGCCAAUCUCAUUUGUACACAGCCAAGACGUGUCGCAGCAUUGUCACUUUGUGAUCGAGUAGGUGCAGAGAGAUGCAUCAUCGAGGGUGAUGAGGUAGGCUACAUCAUCAGAGGAGAUUCAAAGGCCUCUGCGAAUACAAAAAUCACCUUCCAAACGACCGGUGUACUUCUCCGGCGCUUACAAGGAGCGGAAAAUGUCAAGGCAGCAUUGGCCAACGUCAGCCAUAUCUUCGUCGACGAGGUUCACGAACGCUCACUGGAUACAGAUUUCCUGCUUGCUCUUCUGCGUGAUGCAUUGCCUGUAUUGCCGCAUCUCAAAAUUGUCCUCAUGAGCGCAACAUUGAAUGCUGACACGUUCGCGAACUACUUUGGUGGUAGCCGAAGUGUAGGUAGGGUUCAUGUAGAGGGACGAACUUACCCUGUACAAGACUUUUAUCUUGACGAUGUCAUUCAUCUCACCCAAAACGAAAGCAAUCAUGCUGUCUCUGCUGCUUCGGAAGGCCUCCCAUCGUUUGACGUUGGCAGAGCAAUUCAAAAUCUAGGCAUGGGCAUCAACUAUCGGCUCAUUGCCGAUCUUGUCCAGCACAUUGACAAAGAUCUUGGAAACAAUUCAGGCGGUGUCCUGGUCUUUGUGCCCGGUACCAUGGAAAUUGAUCGUUGCCAACGUGCCCUCAGUGAUUUACCUGGUGUCCAUAGCCUCCCACUGCACGCAUCUCUCACCCCUGCAGAGCAACGGAUGGUGUUCAAACGACCACCUCCCGGUAAGCGGAAAGUCGUGGUGGCCACAAACGUCGCCGAAACGUCCAUCACCAUCGAGGACAUCGUCGCGGUCAUCGAUACCGGCAAAGUCAAGGAGACAAACUACGAUCCGACUUCGAACGUUGUCCGCCUCGAAGAAGUCUGGGCGUCACAGGCCGCAUGCAAACAGCGGCGGGGCCGUGCUGGUAGAGUGCAGGCAGGAAAAUGCUACAAACUAUUCACACGGAAUGUCGAGCAGAACAUGCUCGCAGCCACCACGCCCGAAAUGCACCGCACGCCACUCGAGCAACUUUGUCUUUCGGUCAAGGCGACGGGGUCAGAGAGGAACGUAGAGGAGUUUCUGGCCCGGACGAUCUCUCCGCCCGACAGUCGCGCGGUGGCCACGGCGAUGCGAACAUUGAAACGGAUGGGCGCCUUGGAGAACGAACGGCUCACCGGUCUCGGCACAUACUUGGCCAUGAUCCCAGCCGAUCUACGCUGCGCUAAACUCCUCAUCUACGGCGUCUUGUUCGAGUGCCUCGACCCAUGUUUGACCAUCGCCGCCAUUCUCACGACGAAAUCGCCCUUUGUCAGUCCCCGGGACAAACGCGACGAGGCCAAGGAGGCGAGAUUAUCGUUCUCGUCGUCGUCCGACGGUGAUCUCAUUCUCGACUGUGCCGCGUUUGAACAGUGGAAGGAACACUCGAGCACGACGACAUCGCGGUACCGGGCCCUGCAAGACUGGUGUGGCAGUAGAUUCUUGUCCCUCCAGACGUUGAGGGACAUUGAUUCUACGAGACGACAGCUACGAGACUCGCUCGUCGAGAGCGGUCUGCUUCCUGUGGAUUACUCUAGGGUUGUCACGACGAGGUUCAACAAGCGCAGGGGAAAUACCAUGUUGUUGCGCGCCUUGAUCGCGGGGGCGCUGAAUCCUCAGAUCGCUCGGAUCCAGAUGCCCGACAAAAAGUACAUCGCGUCAGUGUCCGGAGCAAAAGAGCUCGACGCGGAAGCCAAGGCGAUCAAGUACUUCAACGAGGAAAACGGGAGGGUGUUUGUGCAUCCCAGCUCGGUGCUGUUCGACGCGCAAGGCUUCUCUGGCGCCGCGGCCUUUGUGAGUUACUUCACCAAGAUGGAGACGAGCAAGACGUUCAUCAGGGAUCUGACGCCGUUGAACGCCUACGCGCUAUUAUUGUUCGGUGGACCCAUCGAGAUCGACACGUCGGGCCAAGGGCUGGUGGUCGACGGGUGGUUGAAGUUGAAAGGGUGGGCGAGGAUCGGGGUCCUCGCGUCCAGACUGCGCCUCUUGCUCGACGACGAAUUGACGAGGAGAAUCGAUUCGGUCGAUCCUUCGAGUCAAGACGAUGAAGGUCUAUUCGACAUUGUCAGGCAGCUGGUGGAGUUGAACGGUCAGGAUAAGUAA